GGGAAACGGAAGAAAACCCUAAACAAAAAACAGUCCAUUUUUUCCUUCUUUAUAUAAACCAAUGUUGCCCAAAAGGCAUUUUCUCCUCAAAGAAAAAAAAAUAAGAUAAAAGAGGAAACAAAAUCUCGAAGAGAAAGAGAGAUAUGGGUGAGGUGGCUUAUAUGGACGAAGGAGACUUAGAAGCAAUCGUGAGAGGCUACUCUGGCUCCGGAGAAAGCUCCGGCGGGUCUUGCCUCCCAUUUGAGACGGCUAGUUUCUACGAACCGGAGAUGGAGACAACUGGUUUAGAUGAACUCGGUGAACUCUACAAACCUUUUUAUCCUUUCUCUACUCAAACUAUCCUCACGAGCUCCAUCUCUGUUCCCGAAGAUUUAAGAAGUUUCCGAGAUGAUAAGAAACAACGAACACAUGGCUGUCUUCUGUCUAACGGAUCAAGAGUUGAUCAAAUCAGAAUCACAGAGUCCAAAUCGAAGAAGAGCAAGAAGAACCAACAGAAGAGAGUUGUUGAGCAAGUGAAAGAAGAGAAUCUGUUGUCGGACGCAUGGGCGUGGCGUAAAUAUGGGCAGAAACCCAUCAAAGGAUCUCCGUACCCAAGGAGUUAUUACCGGUGCAGCAGCUCAAAGGGGUGUUUAGCAAGAAAACAAGUUGAAAGAAAUCCUCAGAACCCGGAAAAGUUCACCAUAACGUAUACGAACGAGCACAAUCAUGAGCUACCAACCCGGAGAAACUCACUAGCUGGUUCAACUCGAGCCAAAUCUUCCCAACCUAAACCGUCCAUAACCAAAAAAUCUGGAAAACUAGUGGUUUCUUCUCCCACAAGUAACCCGGUGAUCACAUCCGCUGAUGAAUCUUCCGUUGCUGUUCAAGACAUGGGGAUUUCAGAAAUGCGUACCUACCAAGCGACCGAAGAAAUAGAAGGCAUGAGUACCAGUUUACCAUCGGAUUUGUUGUCUGGAAUGGGAAAUUUUCCAUGCUUUACUAGUGACUUCGAUGAACUAUUGAAUAGCCAAGAGUUCCUCAAUGGGUACUUAUGGAAUUAUUAGAGAACGUUAGGUGUGUAUGAAUAUAUAGUCAAAUUUAUAUUAUAGUUGCAUUGCGGCCGUUGAGAAAAAUGUAUAAAUGUCUAGUCUCUGUAGGAGAUUAGAGCGCCAUAGUUUUCUUCUUGUUUCCAGCUUAACUUUUGAGUUUAGCCUAAUAAAAUUCGUUUUUCCUU